AUGGAUACUGAAUAUGAAGACGAUGACCAUCUAAGCGACGUUAGUUUGGACGAAGAAGAUGAAGAGUUGAUUUGGAGGGUCUUUUAUAGUUCUCUUGAAGAGAAAACACGAGACUCUCCAUUAAUUGAUGAUGGUAGUGAAUUUAGCGAAAGUGAUGAGUUAGACUAUUUAAGUGACAUUUCAGACGUAGACGAUCCAGAGCUUGUUUCAAAAUAUAAAGAAUUGAAAUCGCAGAAUAUUGGAAAUCUAAAUGAAGAAGAGAAAAAGAGAUUGAUAAUAGCUAACUUUACGGAUGAUCAAAUGGAAAGAUUUGAGUCCUAUAGACGAAUGACGGUCAAUAAACCCGGAGUAAAAAAGAUUUGCAAUGGAGUGCUUGGUCAUUCAAUUCCACAAAACAUAGCUGUUGUUUUAGCCGGUCUAUCAAAGCUGUUUUUAGGUGAGAUAAUAACCAGGGCAUUUGAAAUUCAGGAACGAGAAAACAAAGCCCAAUUAAUCCUUGAUAUAGACAACAAGAAGAAACAAAAAUUAGAUAUCCUUAAAAACUUGGAAAAUGGAAAAGAAGUUGAAGUAGAUGAUAGAAAAUUGCAAUAUCAAGGCGAUGUUCAGAAACCGCUUCUCCCCGAGCAUAUACGUGAAGCUUGGAGGCUUUACAAAUUGGAAAAUAGUGGUGUUUUUAAUGCACAAUGGCGUAGUCAAGGUGAUGCCGAUGGUAAGCUUUUUCGCUGA